AUUUAUUCAAAAUCUGGGAUGAGGAUUUUUACUUGAUCAGUUUUCAUCCAUGUUUUCCCCAUCCUUGUUUGUCAUUUUUACUCAAACCUUCGCUCUGAUGGCCUUCAUUCCCGAGCUUUCUGUACCUUUUUCCAAGGCCAUCUCAUUACCAUUCCUGUUGUCGACCUGGGUCAUUUGCUAGAUAUUCCUGCUGCUGGUGAGACCAUUGCUCAUGAGUCUGAGUUGUGGAGAGUCAAUUUUAAUGUUGUCGAUGAGUUUGUUCGUCUCUCGGGUGUUCAUCCUGGUCAGCCCUGUCUCUCCCUGUCAAUGUUUUGCUGCCCCGUCUUCGAGCUUUUCAUUUUGUCCUCACGAGGGUCUUCCUUCCUCAUUUUCAAUCCCUUGACCGAGUUACUCCCUUAGACCUCUGGGUUAUGAGCCAUGUUGUUGCUCAUAUCCCUCUCAACUAUGCUCACUUGUUUUUUUUUUGGCUCCAUGAUGUCUUUUGGUGAUGUCCACUUCCCUGGCCCAUUGCCAUUUGGACCCCUCAUCACCCGUUUGUUCUCUCGCCUUGAAAUUGAUCUUUCUUCGUUUCAAACCAUCUCCCCUACUCAAUAUGUGUCUAUCGACCAAAUGCUGGAUGACCUGGAGGUUGCGAUUGGGGGAGAGGUCUUUCCUGCUGCUGCUGCUGCUGUCAUUGAAGUCGAUGAGGCGGAGGUAGAACCUGAAGAUGUGGAACCAGAGGAGAAUGUGGAACCAGAGGAAGAGGAUGACUCAAAUUCUGAAGAUUUGUUUCCUGCAGAUCUUGUGGUACUUUAUGAGACUGAUGAAGAAGAGUUUGGCUCUGAUGAGGAAGAUCGUUUUUGUCGUAUCUUGCGAGUGUGUCUCAAACUUGUUGUUUUCUUUUGUGUUGUUUGCCCUGAGUUGUUUGGGUUGGAACUUGCUGCCUUGAACUGAGUGUGUUCAAACCUUGUUGUUUUUUUUGGAGUUUGGUCCUUGCAGUAGUCUUUGCUGGAAAUUGUUUGGUCUCUGUUGGGAUUUGCUUCUGGUGGGUAUCUCUUGCCUUGUUUGGAGUUUGUGUGUGCUGUCUUUUGCAGGAAAAGGAUCAAUCGUCAAUCUCUUAUUUAGGGGAAGAUUGAUGAACGAAAUAAGAGUCUUGCCGAUUG